GUUUCCGCUUGAAGCUUUAAAUGAAAUGAACUUAUAAUUUAGAAAUGAACAGAUAAAUAAUUUAAUUUGUAUUUUCAUAUAUUUACUCUUUAAGUGUUAAGUCACAGUUAUCUGACCGGAAGUCUGUCGUUCACCGUUCACGUCACAAUUAAACUCUGGAAACAUCAGCGGAAGCUUUGUGUUAAUGUGACCGUGUUUCCCGGGGGACAGAAUUGUCAGCAGGACAGCAGAGUGCGGCUGGAGAACAUGUGAACGGUCGUUUCCGCUCAAGUGUGUUUAUUGUUCAUUUAUCAUUAAAUUCAACGAGAAGAAGAAGAAGAAGAAGAAAGGAGCGGAAGUAACGCAAGUAACGCAAGUAACAAUCUGAAGAAACAAUGAAGAAGAAAGUUGACCACAGUGCUGAGGCGUCUUCAGAACCGGCCUCUGACUACGUGGUGGGUCAGGUGUCAGGGAGUUUGUUUAAGAAGAGUUCUGCGGCGUCUGGCUCGCUGGCGGCAUUGUUCAGCACCACGACACCGGCUGCGUCUCUUCUGUUUCAGCCUGCGCCCGAGCCGGUUCAGAGGGGCUCGGAGCAGCAGCAGCAGCAGAAGGAGACUCCAGAGGUCAAAGGUCAGAAGAAGAAGCUGCCAGAGAAAUCAGCGGCCGAACAGAAGCUGGAGAACAGAGAGAGCAGCCUGCAGGAGGCAGACGAAGACGAGCGAGGGAAGGGGACGUCCGUGAAGAAGAGGAAGGCUUCAGGGUCGGGUAGAGAGAACGAUACAGAGUUGUGGGUGAUGAAGAGGCAGAGGACGAAAGCCUGCAGAGAGGAAGAGUCAGUGAAGAGAAAGAGGACGGUGUUUGUGGGUAACCUGCCCAUCAGCUGCACCAAGAAGACCCUGCGGAGCCUCUUCAGGAAUAAAGGAUCCAUCGAGUCCAUCCGCUUUCGCUCUGUGGUCAGAGAGGAUCCCUCCAUAUCCCGGAAAGUCGCAGCCAUCAAACGCAAAAUUCAUCCCAAGAAGCAAAGCGUUAAUGCCUACGUGGUGUUUACAGACGAUGACGGCGUCGCCAAGGCGUUGGAAAGUAACGGCACGGAGAUCGAGAAAGACUUCCACAUCCGAGUGGACCGAGUGACUGACAGCUCAUCACACGAUCACAAACGUUCUGUUUUCGUGGGGAACCUCUCGUUCGAAAUAAACGAAAGUGCAUUUCGACAACAUUUUGAGGAGUGUGGCUCAGUGGAGGCAGUGAGACUCGUCCGAGACCAGAACUCUGGGCUGGGGAAAGGAUUUGGAUACAUCCUGUUUGAGAGUCCCGACUCGGUCCAGCUGGCGUUGAAACUGGACGGCUCGAAGCUGGAGGGCCGAGCCGUCCGGGUGAAGAGGUCCGUGAAGAAAGAAAAACAAAAGAAGAAAACAAACGACAGAGGAACCACAGGGAGGCCGGGAAGGGGCCCCGCCAAGAGCGCCGCCAAGGGCGCCGCCAAGGGCCCCGCCAAGAGCGCCGCCAAGGGCCCCGCCAAGGGCCCCGGGCGGGAGAGAGGAGGUUUUAAGUCUCAAAAGAAGUUCAUAGGAAACCAGCAAAGGCCGACCAAAAGCUCCGGAUCCUUCAAAGGACAAAUGGUGGAUCCAAUUAAAAAGAAGAAACUGAAGAAGAAAGUGAAGCCGAACAAAACUGUUCACAUCUGACCCGAGGAAACUUUAGACUGAGCACAUGAUUCAACUUCUCAAAGAAAACACAAGUUUCUACCUUGUUUUAUUGGACAUUUUCUGUUGCUGUUCUUUAUCAAAAGGAUUUUCUUAAACCUUUAAAUCUGUAAAUUGUGAACACAAAUAAAUUCAAAAGUUUCA